UAGAGAAUCCGGGCCACAAUGUCACAGCAAGAGCAUGGGAUCAUAGCACGCCUGUAAUUAUGUCUGACAACUGCUGAUUUCUAACAAAGCAGUCUUCAUUUCAUUCUUUUGUCAUGGAUCACGUUUUAAAGGCAGUUCAGCAAGAUGAAAGCGUGUCUGACGUUGUUCAAAAUCCGCCCAAGCGUACAAGGCUCGGUAAUGAGCAGUUGCAACAGAUGUCCAAGGAAGACGUUAUUGCAAGUUGGCAGCAACAGGAACUGUAUAUUGAUUGGUUGGAGGAGCAGAAAACGAAACGUAGUAGUGACGAAGAGCUAGUAGGACUGCGUGAGUCAGAGGCUAAAUUGCAACUUCAGCAACAGGAGUCGACUAGAAGAGAAAAUGUGCUCGUUAUGAGAUUGGCAACUAAGGAACAUGAAAUGCAGGACCUGAUGUCACAGAUUCAUGAAUUGAAACAUAAUCAGAUGUCAGUUACUGCUCAGUUGCAAUCGAUGCUUUUGGAUCCAUCUGUCAACAUUCUUUUUCAAAAGCUGCAAACAGAUCUAGGUCAGUUGAAGGGUAAAUUGGAACAGGCACAGGAUGAUCUAAGUGCUUGGAAAUUUACUCCUGACAGUGUUACUGGAAAGAAAUUAAUGGCCAAAUGUAGGUCUUUGAUUCAGGAGAAUCAAGAAUUAGGAAUGCAGAUGUCUCAAGGUCGCAUCGGACAACUUGAAAGUGAAUUGUCAUUGCAGAAGAAGUACACAGAUGAACUGAAGACAACACAGACUGAACUAACAGAGUUUGUUCUUCACACUGAUGAAGAAGUGGAGGCAAUGCAGGCGACAAUACUGACUCUUCAGGAGCAACUUCAUGUUGCUCAUCUACAAUUACAGAAUCAGGGUACUGACAGUCCUUUUACCGCAACAGUAAAGUUCUUACCACCCGUGAAAGCAGAAGAUGUUAGAAUAGGUGGCACCGGAAAUGGUGUGCAAUCUAUUGUAGUGGAUGAGAGGAAUUGUGAUGAUGGUGGUGUAGAUAAUGAGUCACUAGUAGUAAGUAAAAGUCAGACUGUUGUGAAUGAAAACGGAGAUACAGAAAGUAGGACUAGUAGCUUGAUGCUAGAAGGCUAGCAGUUUGUAGGGAACUGUUCAUCAGUAGAGACAACAAUUGUAAAUGUACAUCUGAUAUGCUGUGGCUGUGAUACAAAAAUAUAAUAGUGGCAAUGUGUUUU